AUGCGUCUCAUCGUCAUAACCUACUUUGCUGUCUGCAUAAAUCGGAUAAACGCAUUUGUUCCCUGGCGACCGAAUACAUCGGAUUUUGAUCCAAGCACAUUACAUUCUAUCGAAGCGUCCUCCCAUGCCGUCCGACGCCAUAAGUUGAGGAUAGCCCAUGCUAGUGCAAAAUUCGAAAGAAGGACCGGCACUGGAGACCUUAACGCAGCUUCGUUUUCUCCUCUCACCCGAAGAGAGGAUAAGACUUCAGGACCAGUCGAUCUGUAUUCCGAUCCCAAUGAUAUAUCGUACUGGGUCAAUGUUGAUGUCGGUUCUUCCGGGAAAUCCUUUCGUCUAGUAGUAGACACAGGAUCUGCCGACACAUGGAUCCCCUCGGCCGAAUGCAAAUCCAAAAGCUGUCUCGCUCACCGCACGUUCGGCCCAGAUGAUAGUUCCACAUUGCAUGUAACGAGUGACAAGACGUUCGCCAUAGCGUAUGCCAGCGGUAAUGUCGAGGGUUACAUUGCGAAGGAUACUUUGAAAUUUGGUUCCGUCACUAUUGAUAAGAUGGAGUUCGGAUUAGCCAAAAUGGUCUCCGAUGACUUUACGAACUUUCCAGUAGAUGGGAUUCUCGGGUUAGGUUUUCCGUCUGCAUCUAUCUUGAAAGUACCCACAUUUAUCGAGAGCUUGAUAUCCCACAAUGUUAUCUCCAAACACAUUUUCGGGGCAUAUCUCCACCGAACGGCAGAUAAUAAAAACGGAGGAACGAUCACAUUUGGGGGGAUUGAUGCCUCCAGAAUAGAGGGUGGCGUCGAAGCCUUGAAAUAUUACGAUGUCAAUACAACUACUUCCCUUUGGUCCAUUCGAAUGUCUGAUGUCGUCCUUGAUGGGCAAAAUGCAAAUUUUCAAGAGGGCCGUAACGUCAUUAUUGAUACAGGAACUGCCUUGAUAUUAAUCCCCCCAGAAGACGCACUCAAGCUCCACCAAUUCAUUCCCGGGACCAAGAGUAAUGGUGAAACAUUCUAUAUUCCAUGUAAUACGGAUAUUUCUCUCCAGUUUCAGUUUGGAAAUGAUGCAUAUCAGAUUUCAGGGAAAGAUUAUGUUGGGGAUCCGAUAGACGCGCAGAAAGAGCUUUGUCUAAGUUUAAUUGUUGGCAGGAGUGUCGUUCGCGAUGGUGCAUGGCUUAUAGGCGAUGUUUUCCUGCGAAAUGUGUAUAGUGUCUUCGAUAUGGAAAAUGGGAAGAUCGGCUUCGGUAUUCCUGUGCCUGCCGUUAGGGCAUCUUCUACAAGUAUGGAGGCCUUCCCCUCAUCGUCAUCCGAUGCCGUUUCUGAUACAAUCAAAACGGCAUUAUCCCCUGUUUCCACGUUCGCUACUCAUGAUAGUUCUACAGUAUCUUCAGCUAUAAUGCCCACACCCACCUCCACCUCCACCUCCACCUCGGGUCAGGUCAAUUUCAUCAAACCCACCGGUUCAGGAUUGCCCGACCAAAUAGCAAAUUCAACCUCAUCACCCAUUCGUACUACUACCACCCCUUCCCUCGCGUCUUCGAAUUAUUCUAAGGGAUAUCGUUUUUGGGCAUUAUUCGCAAUCUCAUUGUUCACACUGCAUAACAUCAUAGCGAUUACGAUCUAA